CCGGCAUGGCGCUAUGGAGAGGCGGCGGGGCGCUGGGGCUGCUGCUGCUGAGUGCCGCGUGCCUCAUCCCGCCGAGCGCGCAGGUGAGGCGGUUGGCGCGCUGCCCCGCCACUUGCAGCUGUACCAAGGAGUCCAUCAUCUGCGUGGGCUCCUCUUGGGUGCCUAGGAUCGUGCCUGGCGACAUCAGCUCCCUGAGCCUAGUAAAUGGAACAUUUCUGGAAAUCAAGGACCGAAUGUUUUCCCAUCUGCCCUCUCUGCAGCUGCUAUUGCUGAAUUCUAACUCCUUCACGGUGAUCCGGGACGAUGCCUUUGCUGGCCUUUUUCAUCUUGAAUACCUGUUCAUUGAAGGGAACAAAAUAGAAACCAUUUCAAGAAAUGCCUUUCGGGGCCUCCGUGACCUGACUCACCUUUCCUUGGCCAACAACCACAUUAAAGCACUUCCAAGGGACGUGUUCAGUGAUCUGGAUUCCCUCAUUGAACUAGACUUAAGGGGUAAUAAAUUUGAAUGUGACUGCAAGGCCAAAUGGCUGUAUUUAUGGCUGAAGAUGACAAAUUCCACCGUCUCUGACGUGCUGUGUAUCGGCCCACCAGAAUACCAGGAGAAGAAACUCAACGACGUGACCAGCUUUGACUAUGAGUGCACCACCACAGAUUUUGUCGUUCAUCAGACUCUGCCGUACCAGUCGGUGUCUGUAGACACGUUCAACUCCAAGAACGAUGUGUACGUGGCCAUCGCUCAGCCCAGCAUGGAGAACUGCAUGGUGUUGGAGUGGGACCACAUAGAAAUGAAUUUCCGGAGUUAUGACAAUAUCACAGGCCAGUCCAUCGUGGGCUGCAAAGCCAUCCUCAUUGACGACCAGGUCUUUGUGGUGGUGGCCCAGCUCUUCGGUGGCUCUCACAUUUACAAAUAUGAUGAGAGCUGGACCAAGUUCGUCAAGUUCCAAGACAUAGAGGUGUCUCGGAUUUCCAAGCCCAACGACAUCGAGCUGUUCGAGAUCGACGACGAGACCUUCUUCAUCAUCGCCGACAGCUCCAAAGCCGGGCUGUCCACAGUUUACAAAUGGAACAGCAAAGGGUUUUACUCCUACCAGUCACUCCACGAGUGGUUCAGGGACACGGAUGCGGAGUUUGUUGACAUCGACGGGAAGUCGCAUCUCAUCCUGUCUAGCCGCUCCCAGGUCCCCAUCAUCCUGCAGUGGAAUAAAAGUUCCAAGAAGUUUGUCCCCCACGGCGACAUCCCCAACAUGGAGGAUGUACUGGCUGUGAAGAGCUUCCGGAUGCAGAACACCCUCUACCUUUCCCUCACUCGGUUUAUUGGGGACUCGCGGGUCAUGCGGUGGAACAGUAAGCAGUUUGUGGAGGUCCAGGCUCUUCCUUCCCGGGGGGCCAUGACCUUGCAACCGUUCUCCUUCAAAGAUAACCACUACCUGGCCCUGGGGAGUGACUACACGUUCUCACAGAUCUACCAGUGGGAUAAAGAGAAACAGCAGUUUAAAAAGUUUAAAGAAAUCUAUGUGCAGGCGCCUCGGUCCUUCACAGCCGUCUCCACCGACAGGAGAGAUUUCUUCUUUGCGUCCAGUUUCAAAGGGAAGACAAAGAUUUUUGAACAUAUCAUUGUUGAUUUAAGUUUGUGAAGGUGUGAUUGGAGCUAUUUCAAAGAGGGUAGGAUGACCAGACACAUCCGCAGCAUGCUAAUCACUGAACAGCAUCCACCGUAAUGCAGACUCAGACGACAGUGACAUCACUGGGCCACAGGGCUCUCAGCCGAACACUCUGCUCUUUACCCUUGCUUGCGCCAGCAGCCACCUCUUUCUAGCGGGAAACUAUGCAUUCCCUAACCAACCCCCUGACUAUCAGGAAUGUAUGAGAACUGUGAUAAAAGAGGCCAAUAUGCCAUUUGGUACUGUUUUUAUGUCUUUUAAAUGCACAACUUAGGUGAAAUAAUACUUUAUACAUGUGUGGAAGUGGGUUUUACAGUAGACGGACAAUGCUGGAUGUGUUUUAAAGCUGUAUCUACUUAGCUUUUUUUUUGGAAAAUAGAUUGGACACAUGAUAUGCCUCUUGAUUCUAUAUAUUCUGCAAUCCUGUGAAUAAAAAGUAGU